AUGAAGCACAAGGACGAAGCUGUGAACCCUUCUUCCUUCCCUAUUUUCAAGGAUGAUCUAAAACUGCUAACGAAGGAGGAAGAAGAGUCCCCUUCCGGCCCAAAAGCUAUUAACUUAAAAACAAGAAGGCCUGAACAAUGCCCCUCUAUCUAUGGCAGAAGGCUUGGAGGCACUGCAAGACUAUAUAGAGCCAAAGGAUCCCUUUGUUAUCCAUUAACUCUAGAACUCCAAAAAUUAAGGGCAGGAUCUCUUUCCCCCCCAGUCUCUGAUUUUGUUGUAAUAGAGCCAUGGGAUUGAUUCAGAAUCUACUGAACUUAGUGAUUCCCCCAAUCACGGUAGUUUUUAUUUUUCUCAUUCUACCUUUUCUCUUCGUUUUCAAGUUCAUCAAUUUUAUAUUCAGAAAUCUCUUCCCUGAGAAAAUGAGGGGAAAAGUAGUACUCAUCACUGGUGCAUCUUCAGGUAUUGGAGAGUAUCUGGCAUAUGAAUAUGCGAAGAAAGGUGCAUAUCUAGUCCUUGUUGCAAGAAGAGAGGACAGCCUUACUACAGUUGCAGAGAGGGCUAGACAUCUUGGUUCCCCUGAUGUGUUAGUUAUUCCUGCAGAUGUGUCGAUAGUUGAUCAAUGCAAGCGAUUCAUUGAUGAAGCUGUGAACCAUUUUGGCCGAUUGGAUCAUCUGGUAUGCAAU